AUGGCUAGACGACCGCUACCAAAGACGAGGAAGGGCCCGCGGGCCCGCAAAAACAAGCCGCGCGUCAUCCCGGAACAGGAUCGUCGCAUCUGCGGCAGCAUCUGUCUGUGCCAGCUGACGAUAGUUGCCAGCUGCGUCGCCAUCGUCUAUCUGACGGUGGUCGUGUACCUACCGUCACACCGUGUCUUUAGAUCAAGCAUCAAUCCCGUACCUGUUAUGUGCCACACCGCCGAAACCGUCAUGAUGAAGAACAACUGUCCCUGGGCAUCAUGCGGCGAGUGGUGCCUCACCAGGACCACUGGAUUCUGCCCCCAGAUCCACGUCACGGUGAGGCGCAAUGGAACAGAAAUACUGUUCCAGGACUGUACGAACAUCCACAACGUCGAUUGCCCCCAGGUUAAUCCCUCAUCACUUCCAAAAUUCAACUGUAACAACGGGUCGGAGUGUGGAGCGCUGACCGGCUUCUACUCGUGUAAAAACGGCCAUUGUGACGGCAUGUCGAAAAUGCACGAGUGUACCUACAAGGCGGAUGGCCUUGUCAUCGAUAGCGAGCGCGACAAUGCCAAGCUCAACGGCUACUUCCUCUGCAAGAAGGCCCGCUGUACCAAGGUGAGCUCUAUUUAA